AUGUCCACAUCUCCCGAGGAGGAUGAGCUCACAAAGACUCAGGCUGCUCUGGCACAGCGUGAGGCCACCUGCCUGCGACUGGAAGGCGAGAACUUUAUUCUCAAGGCCCAGGUGCAGCAGAUGCAGAACGGCUCACAGGAAGUGACCAAAGAGGUGAGGUCCUGCCAAUCUUACCUGGCGCAGGCUCAGCAGGUGCUGGAGUGCAUCGUCAGCAAUCGAAUGUCACUUCGUGCCGACGCGGAGCAAGUUCGCGCCAUCCUCGCCGCUGCCCGUCGUUCCGUGCGGAAGGUGCUGAAUAUGCAAGAAGGCACGACAGGGUCCCCUACGAAGGACAAGGGGGGAUCGGGCCGCGGGUCCCCGGCAAAGGAAAAGGGAGGAUCGGGACGCCUUGAAAAAACGGCUUCGCCGUCAUUCACUCGCCCUCGGACCUCGGCAAGCUCGGCAAGCUCGGCACAUCGGCCUGCAAAGGGCUUCCAUGGGCUCUAUGGCGAGACGGGCAGCAGCCAGGCCAAGAGCCCGAAGGUGAAAGCUGCGAUGACCAGGCCGCAGGCUGGGAACACGACCAAGGCACAGCAGGAGACUCGCACUUCCCCGGGGCGUGCCCGAGUUGGUUCGGCUGGAACCGGUGGCACCGGCAGCCUCUCUGAUGAGGCCAAUGUGGCGGUGCCAUCGCCGCCUAGCCCGGACUUGAAGCCCGCGAAGACAGGUACCAAGGACGCCGUCACGCCUCCAAGUUCGACUUCCGCAGACGUCGAAGAGAAACCUUCCGCCGCUGGGGGCUUGAGUUCGCCCCAGCUUGCCGAGCUCCAGACGAAGUUCCUGCAGCAGCGAGAGCUCUUGGUGGCAGCUAUUCGGAAAGGUGCACAGGCAGAGGAGAAGGCGGUCACAAUGAAGGAUGACUUGACAAGAAAGGACGUCAUUAUCUUCAACCUGAAGACGGAGAUUUGCAGCCUCAAGAACGAGCAGCUCCACACUCAGCAGGAGAUCCAGAAUCAGAACCAGCUUUUCGAAAGCCAGGUGCAACUGCUGCAGCGCAUGUCUCAGCAGCCACGGCUGAGCGACAUCUUCAGCUCAAGUGCAUUGGAGAGAGUCUCCGGCACUGCAUGCGCAGCUGAAGCCACCGGUCCUGGAGGUGAGUUUACAGCCGGAUCCCCAGAAGAUGCCGUCAUGAUCGGCGCCAGCUCGAAAACCGAGAAGCUUCCAGGUGAGAUGAGAGGCAUAGAGCCAAUGAUUGCACUGUACGUAUAUCACAGCUUGCAUCCGUGCGCGCUGACUGCCGGGCGUGCGGACGCUUCGUCGCCACAGCAGGCUGACCUUAGAAAAAGCAACACGCAGCUUCAGCCAAGGCCAGAAACAGUGGCAGUGAUACUCACACUAAGCCCUGCGCUGAAGAUCAGCAUGAGCUCCGUAGAGCAUUACACAGUCCAGCAGCCGACGCCGGUCAUAGCCAAAGCGAGGGAAGCCCCGGCGUGCGCUGUGCACAGUCCUCUCCCGCUGACUUCGGAUUGGAUGGCAGACUCCAGGGACAGCACGUUGCUGGCGCACCCUGGCCUUGACAAGGAGUUCGACUCUUUCGCACCUGGAACACACCUGCAGUCUUCUGAGGCAAUGAGCCAUGCUCCAGAUGAGGCCAAUGUCUCACUGCACGCAGCUAGCUUGGACUGCACGCGGCAAGGCAGCCUCCGGCAGAUGGCCGGGCCCGUUCUGCUCCCAAGUUUGCCACAGCGACAUGCUGCGACCCCAGGCCAGUCCAACGACACAGAGGAGUUGAUGGAACGGCAGGCUGUAAUCCGGCGACAGCAAGGCGAAGCUGCCCAACAUGAGAAAGUGAGGAUCCUAGUGGGGACUGCUAGUGGGGCCAGUUUGCUGUCAGAGGUAAAGCAGCUCGAGCAGCAGAUCAUGGAUGCCAGCAAAGAUGUGCUGGCCCAGGUCCUGCAGCUCAUGGACAGCACUGGUGGCCGGGUUCCGCUCAAGGGCGAGGUCGACCGUGCGCGUGCGCUCGUGACCGCAGCCCGACGUGCGAGGAAUCCGGGUCCACAGCCUCAAUCUGCCCGCAAUGCUGCUGCCACAGACAGGCUAGCUGCAUCAGCAGUUGCUGCACUGGGAGAGGCUGACGGCAAGCCGUACAUGAACGGCACCCCUCCGGCAGCCGCAGGAAGCAAUCGCCGUUUCAAUGUGAACUCUGGAGGACAUGCUGAUGUGGAAAACGUUCGCAGCCAAAUCAAUUGGAUUUGUGGGUUAGGAUGGAUUAGGGAUGCAGCCAUCUUCCAUAUCAAUAUGAUGCCAAGCUACCAUGACUUCGUCAUGGAUUGGUGCGAGCAGCUCACGCUAUCCCCGAUACUCCGAAGUGAGCGGGGCCGGUGCGCCCUGGACUCCUUGGAAGCAGGGACUUCAGCGAUCGUGCCAGUGGCUCGCAGGCUCGUUGCUGCUGAGUUGUGGGACGUGGGUUCAUCGAAUCGGACCCGAGCCCUCCCGUCGGAGGCCGUGGCCGUGGCCGUGGAGGUGGAGGAGGAGCUCACUGAUGGGGACUACUGCUCGCUGGCACUGAUCGACACCGAUGAGGAGGACCAGUGGAACAAAGUUUCUUUGGAUUCAAACAAGCGCCUACGGGACACCAGCCUGGCGGUGAUCAACUAUGUCCUCCCGAUUGUUGGGCCAGGAGUCGCGUAUUGGCAGUGGAGCAAUAUUUUACAGCUGACUCAUCGAGUCUUGGGUGACGAGCGACAGCUCUUGGAGCUAAUGCAGGUCACACUAACGCCGGCCACAAACGGCAUCGUCAUUGCAUCGCUGUCGAUCGCUUUUGGCACGCUCACGUCGCUCACGAUCUCCUCCCUGCGGCAACGGCAGAAGGAGAUCCGGCAAUACCUGAACAAGGAGGCUUGCGAGAUGCGGAUUCUCCAGGCCAUGCUGCUGGCAAGUUAUCGCCAAGCAGAAGCGCCGAUUAUGCGCGACGGUCCUGGUGGAAAUGCGCGGGAAGCCUUUAUGUGCUUGCGCUGCCUGGAGCUGCUGAACUUGUAUGCGGCGAGGGUCUACUCCGAGUCCACCUCCGAAGUGGACCUGAGCGCGCUGAAACGACAAAUCGUGCCAGACACAGAGAUGCUUGGAAUCCUCGACUAUCUGUCCGUGGCCAUGACAUCCCCAACCUUUUCAGCCAUGUCACUCCGUGACAACGUGGCGAUGAGCGUGUCCAGGCUCAACGACUUCCGGUCCGAGCGCCUCUCCUCCAUCAACACGGCGUUUCCGUUCCUGCAUUGGGUGAUCCUAAGCCUGCUGGCCUCCUCCAUCUCUAUUUGCUUCCUUAUCGAGGUGGACCAGUCCGAGGGGCGCUUCCUCGCAGAGCGCCCGGAGGAUUCGACGCGUCUGCGGCUGGUGUUCACGAUGUUGGUGGGAUCUUUCUGCGGCCUCACGGCGCUCUGCGCAGAUCUGAACGACCUUUUCCGGGGCAGCUUCAACGUGAACGAGAGCGCUGUCCAAAUGAGUGUGGUGCAGGAGGUCAUCCGGCUUGAAAACAGCCACCUGCGCAAAGUCCUGGAGGACCGCUGCCAGGGUUUGCAAGAGGCUCCCAAAUGA